GUGACAGUUACGUUUACUGGCAAAAACUCGUGAUUAAUCAAGUGUGUUCCGCUACUAUAUAAGCUUCUUCGCUGAAAUUAUCGGUUAGACAGAAUCUACACUACAUUAGCGUAAGUAUCUUUCUUUGGUUUCAGCAGACCACAUCCUUUCAGAAAGUGAAAAUUUUUCCUCAAUCUAUUGUAAGGUACCAUAAUUUAUUCACAAACCUAUACUACUGAGGUACGUUCGUAACCUUAUAUAUACUCCGUCAUGCAUAUUUACGUUCACUUUUUGACGUUAUUUUCAGACAAUCAGAGAAAUAUUCGAGAAAAAGAUGGCAGAUAACGCAGCCGAAGCAGCUCUGAAGUAUCUUAGAGACCCUGCAAUUGCUGCAGGACUUGGAGCUAUGGCAGUCGCAUCGAUGUAUUAUUUAACUUCUCGUCCAACCCCUCAGCCUUGUCCUGUGGAUCCCAUGAAACAAUCUUACGAGUUACCGGUAAGCUAAUGGCCUCAAUGAAACGAUCAGCUAUUCUCAUUGUUGGUUUGAUCGUCUCGCAUAAUGCAUGGAAUUUGGCGUGAUUCUUAAUGGUGACAAGGUACCAGCGCCACCUCCCCUAAUUUCACCGCAAAAAGUGCUUGAACUAUGAUCGUCCGAUGUUUUUUUUCAGAGAUCUGUUUGUAUAAAUUUACUUUCUUAUGUUGAACAAAAUUGCGAUUUUGAUUUGACAUACUUCAUCCACUUUCCAAAAUCCCUCAUUUCGUGGAAUUCAACCGGAACAUCCUUUCACGUUGGUUCGAUCGAUCAGAUCACUUUACGUUUGUAUCCCGAAAAAGGAUUUCAGGCAUUCUGUAGCAACUCAUCAUUUAUAAGAGGUGUUAAGUUUCAAUAGAUACUGUGAUAUGCACAGAAGCCAAAUCAUACUCUUGCCAAAACACGAUUUCUCCCAUUAAUGGAAAUUAACCAAAACUUUGAAAUGUUGCCAACCGCAGGCAUCACGUGACCUCCUGUGACCGCUUUUUCUUCUUUUUGGAAAGUUUAAACCUUUCCUAACACCCAGAAAGAAAAAUUAUCCACAUUCUUCUCUGCAAUUUUCUUCUAGUACUGACAAGGUGAAUUUGUUAAACAAUCAAAGUUUCUUAGAUUGACAAUCAUUUCUACUACUCUCACGAUCCUAAUGCAUGAUUCCAGCAGUAUCACUGUAAGAGGAAAUAAGAUGCUGGUCAGUCUUAGGGUUUAAAUGGUAAAGGAAAGCUUAAACUAGGUAAUAUGACCACAGUUUUUUAAUUAAAGUUUGUUCUGAUGCAUAAACACAGUCAAAAUUUGUAUGACAGUUUUGUGGAUUAUCUUAUUUGACAGAUGAGUCCUAUCCUAUUACUCAACCCUUUAAUCCCUAAGAAUGACUAGCAUCUAAUUUCUCCUCCUCUGUGAGAAUCAAAGAAAUGGAUAUCCAACUAAAGAAACUCUUGAAUGUUCAACAAAUUCUCCUUGUCAGCACUCUGGGAAAUGUAUGUAGAACAGUACAGAGAAUAUGCACAUGAUUGUUGUAGUGUCAACAGUUUAUUUCCAUUGAUGGACAGAGGAUGUUUGUAAUAAAUUUAUGUCAAACCUACAUUGGGCAUUGGGUGUUUGUAAUGGCAAAAAUCUGUUGUGAAGGGAACCUUUCAAGUUUUUCCAAUUUCAAAAAUUUUAUUUCCAAAUACAAAAAACAAUCUUGUGAAGCAGUAAAACAUUUUCUUUCUCUUUCUCCUUUUUCCCUCUAUUGAGAAAAGUGGCUUUGACCCUUUAACCUACAUGAUCAGAUUGUUAAUUCUCUCUUCUAGCUGCUUCACAUUUCUUUGUAAAUUUGAUACAAGAAUUUGGUUUUUUAUCAAGAUAAAAACUUCUACUUGAUAAGUUUGAGUAUUCUUAUCACCUGUGUGCUGUAUAAUGUAAAACAAAAAAAUUGAAGGGAGAAAUUGUAUGUUAAUCACUUCUGGGAGUUAAAGGGUCAACAUACAGUGAAUACAUCAUGCUUGUAAUUAGACAGUGUAAUAGGAUAGUUGACAUGUCAUGCCUGUGUAAGUGGACAGUAUGCGUCAUGAGCAUGUACUGUUGUUGUGCAUUUUGCUGACAUUAUUGUUGUUUGUUUUAUGAAAACUUACAAUGGAUGUUUAGUUUCUCUCCCAAAUUUUGACAUGGUUUUGAUUAAUCAGUGAAAGGACUUUGUGUUCUCUAAUUCUGUCUGUAAUCAUAGUUAUGAUUAACAAAUUGCACUCCUGCCUUGCAGUCUUCCAAUUUUGUUGAUCACUCAUAUGAUUAAGGACCAAAUUGGACUCCACUCAGUCCUAUUACCAUUAUUUAUAAUGGCAAAUCAUUGCUAGUAGUAAUGAUAAUUAUAACAAUACUUAUUUUUAUUAGGAUCACCAAAUGUAAUGAUUUAAAUUUUAUUAUUUGCCCAUGCAGGAUGGAGAUUAUGCCAGAAUGAAUUCACUUACAACUGAACUUGUGGAGAAAUUAUUUGAAGAUGUGAGCACAAGCCAUGAAGCUUUCCUUCGUGGAAAGAGAUUAUCUGGUCAGUUAUUUUAUUUUUAAGUCUGCCUUCCAAGCUUUCUCUGUGUAGGAGGUUAUUAACCAGUUUUUUUAUGUUGUAUUUAGGUGACAAGCCAUGCCUGGGCUACCGCAGCAGUCCUGGAGGACCCUAUGCUUGGCUCACCUAUAAUGAGGUUAGAAACUCCCAGGAUCUGAUUGUUAAUUCUCCCCUCUACCUCCUACGCAUUUCCUUGUAAAUAAGUUACAAGAAUUUGGUGUUAGAUCAAUAUAACAACUUCCACCCGAUACAUUUGAAUAUUCUCAUUACCUCUUUGUUAGACAGUGCAUGGAUAUUGUAAGGAGAAGUUACUUGUUAAUCACUUGUGGGAGUUAAAGGGUUAAUUGUCAUGAAGAUUAGGAAGGCAAACAUUUUCUUCAAAAAAUUAAAACCAGGGCCCAGUUGUUCAAAGGGUGAUUAGCACAGACCCAGGGUUAAAUUUAAAUUUAAAUCCAGGUUUCUUUAUUUCUUUGUUCAAAAACCUUUUAGGCAAAAUUUUCCCUAUUCUUUUUAGAACAUCCAAUGAUCAAAUUGCAAGCAAAAAGAUUUGAUCUAAACUUCCUUUUAAAGCUUUCAGAUCUGAAAUCAAAUUCCACACUCACCCUGGGUUAUCUCAACCUAGCUUUGGACAACCCAGGCCAGGUCGUAAUAAUGCUACAACUUGCUACAUAAUUUCUGUACAUGUGCCACUGAUUCUUUUUUAGUUUGCCAUGGCAACCAAAAUAGUUGUGGGAUAGAGCACUGGGGUGAUAAUGCUAUCUACUAGAUAAAUCUCUAUUCAUAAUUGGGCAUUACAUUUGAGAAACAAUUAUCCUAUUGAUAAGAAUAUAUCUGUUGGAAAGCCUUAUCUGCCCUUUGGACAACUGGGUCCUGGUAUUUAGGUGGACUUGGAAAUGAUGUUGGGGUGUUUACAUGUAUCAUAGUAAGAUAAGGAAAAAAAAACUUGGAGUAAUUACCAAAACUUGUAGAAGUUUUUACACAAUGGAGCUGUGUGUCAGAGGGGUAGGUUUGUGUAAACAUUCUUUUUGAGAGCCAAAAAAGGAGAGAGGAGUAGGAAUGUAGAUAUAUAUGCACGCUCACUAGUUUUUCUAGUUUGAGCACUCUGGCAUGGCUUAGAUGAUCCCACAUGUGUGAGAUGUUCAGUAAUAGAUCACCUCCAGAUGAUCAGGACAAACUGAUGGAGGCCCAAAAGGCCAAAACAGUACUGUCUGCAGUUUAUUCCUGUUUUUCUCACCAUUCCCGCAAUUUUUGCUCCUUCCUGAUCUAUAAAUCCACACACAACCCACAAUUCCUCUAAUCGCUCUGACGAAGGGCUAACGCUCGAAACAUCAGCUUUUUUACCCUUUACGGUGGCUAAUUUACGUUUUCAACCCAGUUGUUUAACACUCAAUUACCUGCUAUACUCUCCCACCGACGCAGCACCACAGUUUCUUUAGAAACUUACCCCUUUAUUCAUCUGUCUGCAGUUAGUUAUAUAUAUAUAUAUGUAUAUAUAUAUGCUUUAUACCCUAACAUCAGUAUGCAUAUUCCUCAUAUUGUUCUUUAUACAUUUUCUAAGGUGCUGAUUUUGAGACUUUUUUUAUUAAUCAAGUGGUUCUUUUAUAUUUGGUGAUCAUUUGCUUUAUUCUCAUGAUCCUAAUGUGUGAUUCAAGGGUGAUGUUGUGAGGAGAGAUUAGAUGCUGGUCACUGUUAGGGGUUUAAGGGUUAAAUAUUACUUUUCAUGAUUUCCUUUGCAACUAGACCAACUCUUCCAAGUCGAUGCAGCUGUAUUACUUUUUUGUAAUAGUUUCUUUGUAAAUCUUUCCUUAGGUCUAUGAGAGAUCUGCAGACACUGGUUCAGGGUUGAUAGAGAUUGGCUCAGAACCAGUGGAUGAGGAACAUGUUUUUAUUGGUGUUUAUGCUCCAAAUAAAAUUGAGGUAAACAGCCAUGUUCAAUUUUUUUCUUUUUCGGUGGAUGCGUUGAUUGGCAAGUUUUUUUUUCUGUUAGUGCAUCUAUACAUGUAUGCUGCUGUUCAAUAUUUUUUUCUAAUGCCCUUUUGUUUCAGAUUACGAAACAAGGGAAUGUAAAGGUUACAUAUAAUGAACUGUUUCUAGACAGUUCAAAGCAAGAUGAAAAUUGAACCACAGCAUAUAUGUGUAUUUUAGAAACUUAAUUGCAUCUUCUUUUCAAUCUUGCAUCUGCCCAUGCUUUACAGUCACAGUGUUUCUUCAUCACUAAAGUAAAAAAAAAAGAGAAAAAAUAGGAAGGCAAAGUUCAAAUAAAUGUGACUUAAUUGCUCAACAAAAUCAACCCAUCAGUCUUUCUUUGACUUUUGCUUCAUCUCAGUCAUUUCCACAAAUCCAGAAAAGUUAUUGAAAACUUCUCAAUGUUUCUACUGUUUUUCCCUAGUGGGUGCUUGUUGAACAAGCUUGUAACAUGUACUCAAUGACCAUCGUUCCACUGUAUGACACACUCGGUCCAGAGUCAUGUGUCUACAUCAUUAAUCAAGGUAAGUCAAUCAAUCCCAAAGUUGCUCCCUCCAUGCUAACAUCAAGUCUUCAUCCCGGGUUUGUUUUUUGAUUUGUGUGACAGGCUUUGCCAAAAAGGGAGGACUGCUUGUAGUCUGAUUUUACCUUAGUUUCUCCUUGUCUCAGACAGCCCUUGAGCAGUCCUGUAAAAUCAAGAAGGAAGGAGGGGGUGGUAAUAGCGGAGUUCGCAGAGCGUAGCCCCAUAAUUAUACAAAGUAGUAGUAACCCAUCAAGCCGAAAAAAUUUGGAUGUACGACCGUACGACCGUGCGACCGCACGACCGUACAAGGUGCUACUUUUAACAUGCGUGGUCAACUGUACCGCGGGCACGCCAACGCCACGGCUUUGUUCAGUAGUCCAGUGGUCAGUGCACUGGGCUCCGAGUCGGACGACCCGGGUUCUAGUCCUGGCCAGGGCAAGGCGUUGUGCCCUUGAGACGUGCGGGAAAAAAAUGCGAGCUCCGCUUUUAGGCUUGGCUAAAUCUAUAUAUUAUUCCUAGUUGGGUCAUGUUAGGAAAACUUGGAUAGCCUCCAGCUGUGUGAGCCAUUUGGCUUGAGUACAGACUAAGACAGAAACUUUAAGAGUGAGGGCUGAAACCUGAAAAAUUUAUGACGUGACAGGUAUAAGUUUGUUAGCCUGAACUUUUCAUGUUUAAGAUUAUGACAGCCAAAACAAGAGAGUGGAAGGAUGUUUAGGAACAUAUCAAUUAAGUUUGGGUUAUUAUAAUUUUCUUUUAUUUGCAGCCAAAAUGGUAACUGUUGUCUGCGAUGAAAGCAAGAUAAAAGUGUUGCUGGAACAGUCCGACAAAUGUCCCAAGUUGAAGAACAUUGUAAAGAUUGGAUCUUCUGUCACAGAUGAGGAAAAGGAAGCUGGAGAGAAAGUUGGAAUCAAAAUCACUUGUUUUAGAGAAUUAGAAGUAAGUACAGUAAAGGAGGAAUUCGGAUAAAGUUUUUGCCCGACAAUUUUUAUUUUCUAAUUGAUGUUUGCGUGACAAACGCAAAAUUUUUCUCCGUUUUUCGCUCUGCUUUUACUGUAAUGCUAUAUCUGCAUGUUUCUAUUUGAACAUCUGGUGCUGGCCACCAUAAAUUGUCAACGGCAAAAUAUAGGCAAGAUUUUUUUAAAGGUACACAGACUGUUACUAUGCUCCCUCUAGGGUAAACAUGUGCAAGACAUACUGGAGAAGCCAUGUUGUUAGUUUUGUCCAAGAAUCACCGAUUAAUAUUUUUAUGUUGAUAUUUAUUCACUUGUGUUUAUAUUUAUGUUUGUUUGUUGUUUUUUUUAACAGGAAAUAGGAAAAAAUCACAGACACCAGGAAAAGGUAGCUUGAAUUUCAGAGUUCAAUUCGUUAGUUUUAUUUUGCUGUGAUACGAAUUUAACGUGGCGUAGGACUAAUUUCGAAACAAUUCGGAAGGGUGAGUUGUCUCGCCUCGGUGAUAACUGUUUUAGGCGGGACAACUUUUUCUUCUGUAAACACUUCGGCUCGCCGACCGAGUAUAGCUUCCGUUAGCUGCUUUAAUUUCAAAGAUUCCAAUUCGUCGCCAACGCACAACAAAGACACGUAAUCGGACUGUUUUUCACGAAUGACUUCAAACUGCAAGUGCAAAACGAAACCUUCAAUGCGUGCGAUUCCUAGGGAAUCACACUUUGGAUCGGAAACGAAACGGCCACACAAGUGAACCGGAAACGAAACGGUGGCCAGAACCGAGAGACUGGUGAGUGGACAGCCGUUACACCUCACAACUGGAGAAUCCUACGCCACGAGUAGAAACAUUCAACUGGUUUGCCCCCUCCCCCCCAAACAGUUAGGUAUUUUUUACCUUGUUGUGUCUUUGUCGAAUCGUUUAUUUCUUUUAUUUGGUUUAUUAUCACUUUAGGACGCGCGUUUUUCCGCCCGCGGGAAGAUUUGAGACGAGUCGUCGUCAAGUUUGCUGGGGGUCAGGAACUAAUAAUUCUUCGUUAUCAGUGCCAGACCCCUUGCAGAUCUCCCGCCGGUUCGCGUUGUCCAGGUCGAAUACUUUCCAGUGGGAAAAAAAUGCUCGUGCCGAUCCGCAAUGAUGAGUUUUGUUCAGCCCUAUAACUUUUCCGCAAGGAACUCUGUGGAGCGUGAUGAAUUCUCUUUUUUUUUUCCUCCAAUAGCCUCCUAAGCCAGAGGAUCUUGCCGUUGUCUGCUACACAAGUGGUACAACAGGUCAGUGAUUUUUUUUGUUGUGGGAAAGACAUUUAUUCUUCUUGGAUGGUCAACAAAGAACGUUGCACCUAUGUUCGAUAAAGGUUUUUUUUUCGCUUGUGGUACUUAGAGCUAUCAUAACUCGUGUGUCUUUUCCGUUACAAGAAUAACGUGUGCUUGUAAAUAUAUCUAUUUUGAUCAGGUAAUGCUAAAGGUGCCAUGAUAACGCAUAAAAAUGCGAUUGCAAUGCUGUCUGGACUCGUCCAUCUCGUUCAAGAGGUAUCUUAUAAUCUUAUAUUGCUUGUUAAUCUUGUUUGUUAAGCUCUCUCCUUUUACUUUGUGUUCUAUGAACUUGGAAAGACUUUGCAUAUACCUAGCGGUGUAUUUUACCGUUCAAUGUAACGCAACGCGUUUCUCCACUUGCGUUUUCUCUGGAGGAUUGCGUGACGACAGUUAUUGUUGUUUCUGAGUUGAUAAUGUAAAUUGGCCACCAUAAAAAGUUUCUGACGCUGACAUUUCGUUGCGUUAGCCCUUCUUCGAAUAGCGUGAGAGCUAACGCCUGAAGUGUCAACUUUCAAAACUCCUUGCGGUGACUAAUGUACUUCACCAACUCAGUUUAUAAAACCAAAUUAUCUUGUAAUACCUCAGUUUCGUUUGAAACUUCCCCCUUUUUAUGAUUGUUUUUGCCGAGGAUACCUGUGCCUCGGGCUGAAAAACACCGUCCUUCUGUUUAACUUGUUGUGUUUUUCUCUAACUUACUCUAUCAAUGUUUAUUAGUGUGGAAUUCCGAUAUCAAGUGAGGAUGUUCACAUUUCCUACCUUCCGUUGGCGCACAUGUACGAGAGACUUGCUCAGGUGACUCAACUCUGAAACAAAUAGUUUAAGUUGGUAAUCAGCCAGACGUUUAAACCAUCGUAGCCUGUGGUGUGAACAAAUGCGAUGCAGUCAACAUGUCGGUUGACGCGUCGGUUGUAACUUGUUUUUGCACUUCAUGGUGACCGUAAUUUCGUUUGCGUCGUGGAACGCGUCGGCAACGCGUUGGCAAUGCGUCAGUUAACCGUUUGUCUCCACUAACAACGCUGACCGUAUUUUUGUUAUUUUGUGUUUUUGUUGACGAACGCGUCGUUAACGUCUUAGUCGACUGUUGGCCUACGCGUCAGCCUUCGUCGAUCACGUUGAUCGUAUUUUUUUUAAACUUUGUGUUUGUGUCGGCGAACGCGCCGGCAACGCGUCAGUCGGAUGUUGGCCGCUGCGUCCGCAUCCGCUUAUCACGCUGACCGUAUUUCUAGCUUAAUUCUUGGGUCGGCCGAUGGUUUAUUGAAUAUUCGGCCGACGCGUUGUUCGUUUAUCGGCUGACGCGUUGAUCGUAUGUCGGACAACUCAUUGGGGAUUUGUACUUGCAAGUUUUAUUAUUAUUAUUAUUAUUAUUAUUUUUGUUAUUACUUUUUUCCUCGAAACCUUGUAACUUGAUUUUCUGUUUUCAUUCCUCUAGCUGAUGUUAUUCACAUAUGGCGGAAAAGUCGGUUUCUAUGGUGGCAAUGCAAGAAACAUUCUGGAAGAUCUGCAAGUUCUCAAGUAAGUUAAUGCAUAGCGCUGUGACUUCCAGAACUGUAACUUCUCCUAACAAUAUCAGUACGAAAUACAGCAAUUAGGUUUUGAGAAUAGAUUAGCGUAUCUUGGUAUAAAUCCAUAUUCUCUAAAUCCUUUUACAUCCUAACAUUAGUAUGCGUAUUUUCUAUACUGGUCUCCUUAAAUUUCCUAAGGCGCUGAUAAGAAGACGGAGAAAAUGCAUACUGAUGUUAGGGUACGAAGGUUUAUUACUCGGUGUUCGUCAUUGUGGAAAGGAAAAGGAAAAUAACCUCAACUUGGGUUUUAACCAAUGCAAUCUCGAAAGGCGUACGCAUUGUGCAACCGUUUCAGGCUACCAUGGAUGGUUUGGAUAAAAUUGUUGUUAAUAGUCAGUUUAUUUAAUUUUAUUCGCUUCCAGGCCGACAAUUUUCGUCUCUGUACCUCGUGUGCUUAACAGAGUGUAUGAUAAGGUAUGUACGGCUGUGUGAUUGUAGUUGAAGCCUCUUGUAGUUUUAUACUGCUUUGUGACGAGGGAUAAUCUCAGCUGAGAUUAAUUCAUGUGAUGGACACGUUGUGCAGUUGCAAAUUCUCUGUUCGUGCAUUUAAAAAUGCACUGACUGAAAACCUGCCAUUGCAUAACGCAAUUGAAAAAUAAAAUUUUUCUUUCCGUUCUUUUCCUAACGCUCUAAAGAACAGUAUGGAGAAUGUGCAUUCUGAUGUUACAGUCGAAAGGGUUAAUAAUAUUUUCGCUUCCUCAAUCUCUCAGGUAAUAAAACAGGCGUCGUCCAGCGCCGUGAAGAGUUUCCUCUUUAACUUGGCCAUGCGUUUCAAGAAGGCAGAGCUAGAGAGGUAAUCGCUUUCUUCUUCUAUCCAUUUAUCGAUACCCUGGUUCCUGAAGUACAUUUAAAGUUAAAAGUUUGGAUUCUCCUCUUGGGUUUCAUGCCAAUUAUUCUAUCCUUGUGUGCUCAAAUUUCCAAGCAGAGGUCGUAUCUAGGAACACAGAACAUCAAGCCAAGCCCUCACCAUUCGGUUAACUUGUCAAUCAACAUGUGCGGAAAUGCGAAGAACGGUGUUUUGUAUUUUGUGCCUGUAGGACUGUUCCAAAUUGUUGACUCUACUUUCCUCUCUCUCCUCUAGGAAUAUAGUCCGUAACGAUAGUAUAUGGGACUACCUUGUGUUCAAGAAGAUCCAGGUGCGUUUAUCGUAUUGUUUUCUAUUGAUUUUCCUGGCUUGUAGUCCAGGUGAUGACAGUUUCUAGGACUACCCUGAUCUUCUAAGAGUCAUUUUCUUGAAAUCUCAUAACCCUCUUCCUUUCUUACUACGUCGUCCUUCCUUCACUACUUCGUCGAUAGUAAAAUUGAUUUGUGGGCAAACUGCGGAACAGUUACUUGAAGAUUGUGUGAUUGUGCUUAUGAAGAAUUGUAUAGAGAGCGCUCUGUGGAGGCGCGGUGGCCUCAUGGUUAGUGCGCUCGACUCCGGAUCGAGUGGUCCGGGUUCGAGCCCUGGCCGGGGUCAUUGUGUUGUAUUCUGAGGCAAGACACUUUACUCUCACAGUGCUUCUCUUCACCCAGGUGUACAAAUGGGUACCAGCAAAUUUCGGUGGUAUCAGAUAUGAUUGCUUACUCUGAUGUGUCUUCACCGUUUAACCCUUAUGAGUGACUAGCACCUAAUAUCACCCCUAAAUCACACACUAAGGUCACGAGAAUUAUUGAAAUGAUCGUAUGAUGUACAAAUGGGUACCAGCAAAUAUGCUGGGGGUAACCCAGCUAAGGAAACCGGAGUCUAGCGCCGGCCCCAUGGGCCACUUGACACGUUCGUUUGGGAGGAAGCGGUGUAUCAGAUAUGAUUGCUUACUCUGAUGUGUCUUCACCGUUUAACCCUUAUGAGUGACUAGCACCUAAUAUCACCCCUAAAUCACACACUAAGGUCACGAGAAUUAUUGAAAUGAUCGUAUGCAUACUGAUAUUAGUGUGUAAAGGGUUAACGCUGCCCUGUGAUUGGUUUAGAAAGCCCCUGAACCUUUAAGAUGGAAUACUACCACACAACUUCGACCUAGUCACGUAUUAUGGAGUUUCAAUGGGCCGUUUUUCUUUUCACAUGAUUACCAGCACUGGCUUUGGUUGUGUAACUAUGUUCAUAUCCAUUCGACAAUCACUCCAAAUUUUCGAAAAAACCGGGGAAUUUUUUUUUUAUUUUACAUUUCACAGAACUCGCUCGGUGGAAGGGUACGGUUCGUUAUCUCUGGAUCAGCUCCUCUUCGAGAUGAUGUCAUGAUCUUCCUAAGAUGCGCCCUUGGAUGUCAGGUAGAUACAAAAAAUUGCAGAGUUAAAGGAAAAAAUUACCUUGCAACCACUUGGCGAAGAACUUCCUGUAUCAUUGUGGAUGGAUCGCAAAUUAGCCUUCAGCGACAUUUUACAAGAAGUUUAUAAAAUGUCACUUGCAUUUAAGAUGGAAUUCGGGUUUAUGCGUGUUAUCCUUCGGAAUUUUGUGAGAUCGGGGCGAAAGGAGGAGGGGAGACCUACAGAUACAGGUAUCAAUAGUGCUGAUUUUGUGUUUUUGGUUCGUACCCGCCAUAGGUUUUCGAAGGAUAUGGUCAAACAGAGACCACUGCUGCUGCUACAUUGCAGAUGAUAGGAGAUCAAACUUAUGGUGAGAGCAAAAUAUGAACUGUAAACGCAAAAGUUAACUCCCGAACCCAACUGGGCUUUCCAGGGCUAUCGUGGGACAAGUAAACUCGCAUUUCAGUGAGACAUGAAUAAAGGGGGUAAGUUUGCAAAGAAACUGUGGUGUUGCGUCAGUGGGAGAGUAUAGCAGGUAAUUUAGUAUUAUCAACUGAGUUGAUAAUUUAAACUGGCUACCGUAAAGAGUUUAAGAGAUGACGUUUCGAUCGUUAGCCCUUCGUCAUAGCGAUUGGAGGAAUUGUGGGUUGUGUGUGGCUUAUAUACAGAAAAUGGGGCUACGCUAUUGGUGGGAAUAUUGUGACGAGAAAGCGCUCGUUGAUACCGUGGGGUAUCAUAAAUCGGUUAAAAAUCCCAAAUGGUCACAGGCACACCAAUUUCAUGAUUACUACAAAGCGUGAGAGGUGCAAACAGCGGAGCCUCCACCUUCGGGAUAGUGUUAUCCACCCUUGGAAAAACCGAGCCUUGGCCAUUCAUUGAAUGUCCUCUCUACGGUUGCCAUCAUAGCUCGGUAAGUUUCCCUAACUUCAGACCCUGGAACCCUGGAACCCUGGAAUAAUACCAUUGAUGUGGUGUAUUUCUUUUUGUCAGGCCAUGUUGGUCCGCCACUGCCUUGUAACAAAAUUAAACUUGUCGAUGUCCCUGAAAUGGAGUAUUACGCCAAAGAAGGAAAAGGCGAGGUUUGUAUCUCCUUGUUUUUUUGUUGUUGUCUGUUUGUUGUUGUCUUUUUUCAUGUACUAAUAUGAAAAUUAGCAUAUGAUCCAAUUUCAAAGCAAGAUCAUUGAAACCAGCAAGAUGAUCUUUCUGCUUUGGCUACAAAUUAGCAUUUUUGAUUCCCUUUCUUCCUCGUGAGAAUCUUUUCACUGACCCCAACGUUUGAUUCAAAUUUUGUCUCACAUUUUGGUUGGCUCCUUUCUGAUGUCACGUGGCAGGUUUGCUUUUAUGGGCCGAAUGUGUUCAAGGGAUACUUGUACGACGAGGAAAAGACAAAAGAAGCCAUUGACGAAGACGGUUGGCUUCACUCGGGUGACGUGGGAGAAUGGCAGCCGGUGAGUGUAAUAUGUACUCAUGAGAAACAGUAUACCCGCUGUAGAAUGAUCUGGAGGUUUCGUCCCGUUGCAAACUCGCCCCCCUACCAGUUAGUCCCCAUCUUGACGAGUUCGCCCCAUCAGUUGUAACAAGCUCGCCCUCAAAUGGAAAAUGAGUGAAGAUCAGAGGAUAAACUGAUAAUGGUGGUGGCGAACUUGUCAUUUUUAAGAGAGGAAACUCGUUUUCAAGUUAAGACAGUAUAUUCUGCCAUACCGCUACACUUGCGUAAUGACCUCCAAUGAGUAGUGAUUUGUAUUUUGUGUUUGUUGUUGCAGAAUGGUACAUUGAAGGUGAUCGAUCGGAAAAAACAUAUUUUCAAGUUAUCGCAGGUAAAUUUAUAUGUGUUACGAAAAUAAAUCUUUUUUGUACAUUUCAGAUUGUUUCACUUUUAACGCAAAGAAACAGAGUGGAUGUUGUUGAGUAAAAUCUGGAAUUAAUACGCACGAGUAAAGUUAAAAAAAAAUGCAGUAAAAUGAACGGGCACGGAGAAUCUUUUGACUUGCAGGAACGUUACGAGUGCUUAUUCCUUCUGAAUUGUAAAAGACAUCAUCGUAUUUCUUUCAGUUAUUAUCUAUUUCAUUUCAACUUUCUGCGCGCGGUGUGAGACCAUUUGAGGUGCUCUCGGUCAUUAGACGAGCUAAAAUUUUUGCAUGUAAACCAUUACGGGAGAGAACUUGCUUAGGAGUUUAAAUUUGUUGUUCCUCCAGGGAGAAUACAUCGCACCAGAGAAGGUGGAGAAAGUUUACACACAGUGUUCCAUGGUUCAUCAAGUCUAUGUACAUGGCGACAGCAAAAAGGUAACUGGCGAACUCUUUUCUUAAUAUCAGUUUGCGUAUUCUCCAUACUGUUCUCUAUAAAUUUCUUAACGUGCUGACAAGGAGAAUGUGUUUCGUAAUCAAGAGCUUCUUUAGUUGGUGAUCAUUUCAUUUAUUCUCAUGGAAUUAAUGUGUGAUUCAGGGGUGAUAUUGUAAGGAGAAAUUAGAUGCUAGUCACUGUUCGGUUCAAAGGGUUAACAUUGUCGUGUUUAUUUAAUGCUCUUUGCCUCCUGAUUUGCUUAUUUUCGUGUCUUUUUGUUGUCAUUCAGUCUUGUCUGGUAGCUGUCGUUGUGCCUGAGAAAGAUCCAGUUGAAAAGUGGGCCGAGAAGAAUGGUGUUGAUGGUGACAUGGAUUCGUUCUGUGCCAACGAGGUAAUCUGCGCCUUUUGUUUGCUUAUUGCUUCCAAACGAGCCUCGUCCCUUUGGCGGGAAAUAAGUUUGGUUAUUUUAUAUCAGCUAGAAACGUUUGGUAACAUGUACUUCCCAGCAGGAAUUAUUCUGAAUUUUUUUUGCAAUCCUUACCUUGCGAUGACCACAACGAGGCGAGUGGUCAGUCACUGUUUGGAGGGGACGGGGAUGAGAGAUUUAGGUUAGAGAAAGUUGCGCCUCGCCCACCCCACCCACCGUCUCACAGAAGACUCCCCCGCUCCGAUCGACCUGGUUCGAAUUAAGCGACCACUCCCUCCAAAGGAAUCCAUUUUUUUGCCUUCUGUGUUCAUAGAUGGGGCGUGCAAAAUCGUCGGCCAGAAUGGAACAAUGGCUUCUCUGUUUAUUCUCUUCUCUACACUCACUGCACGCUAUUACUUGUGAAAUAUUUCACUUAGACGACCCAUAUUAAAGCCGACUCUAUCUGUAAUUCAUGUCCCUACGCCCCUAACUUUUUGUCAACAUCGGGUAUUAUUUGUCUGACAUAUGCCUUUCAGGCGGGAGCAUGCGUAGCUAGAGUUAGUUUUAAGAGGGAAAUGACCAUUGUUGACUCCUGUUGAUGUCUUUCAAAGUCUGGUCAGCGGCCUCAUCAUAAUCAGGGAAAAUGUGGCCCGCAAAGUUUGUCGCCAAUUCUCAUCUAAUAGCUGUAUUUUACUAAAUUUCUAGAAAGUAAAUAAAGCCAUUUUAGAUCAGAUGAUUGCAGAAGGCAAGAAGGAACAGCUCAAGUCUUUUGAGCAGGUAAAUAAUGACUAGUUACGUUGACUUUAUCAGUUGUGAGUGCUUAUUCUCGUAUUCAUAAAGGAGGUGCAAGCACAGACGUUUUUGAGACUUAGACGGUAGCCAAAAAUUUGGAGCUCUAUACCUUGGCGUUUGCUUAAGAUCUUUUGUCCUUAGUGACGGUUCAAAUCGUUUAAAUUAAGGGGAGUGUAACCUGAGAUGGACUAGCAUUUAUCCGUAGGGAGUAGCAUCACUCCUAGUCGUUUCAUGCUGAAGAAACCGGGAUGAGCUCCGUCCAGCGGUCCGUUUCUCGAAAGUCGCGGUGACUAACAUGCCCAAAGCCUUAUUUCAAAACCCAAAUUUUGAAGAAUAGAGAAGCUGGUUCUUUCACCCUAACCAGUCCGUCUUGUUUCUCAAGGUGAUAGUUUUAUUGCGUAAUUUUCAAACCUUUUUUAAACCCCCAUCUAGAGUGAAAACAGAAUAGCUGUACGGGCCCGUUGAGCUACCGGGACCGUCCAGAAACGGGCCCCAGACGAGCCACUGGGCUCAAUUGCCAUAUAAACUCUUAACCCUUAAACCCUAAGAGUCUAGGGUCAUGGGAAUAAAGGAAAUGAUCCCCAACUAGAGAAGCUCUCGAUUGUUUAAUAAAUUCUUCUUGUCAGCACCUUAAGAAACGUAUAGAGAACAGUAUGGAGAAUAUGCAAUGUUAAUCACUAGUACCUCUAAGGUUCGAGCAGCCCUUCAAUAAUGUUUAUUUGUUUCAGGUCAAAGCAAUUUUCCUCACACCGGAGAUUUUCACGACCGAAAAUGGUCUUCUGACGCCAACACUGAAAUUCAAGCGGCCAGCCCUGAAAAAGCAUUUUCUACAAACAUUCGAAGACCUCUACGCUACAGUACCGGAGUAAAUACAAUGUAAUGUUAAAAGAUAACUUUCAUUUUAUCCAAUUCCAUAUUAUCUUGUACGAACGAUUCCCUUUACACACUUUUUUAAAUACAAAAUAAACAUUGUUGAAUUUGAUUUAUUCAAAAAAACAAUUACACAGAAAGGUAUUUGCUUAGGUAGAAAACAAAGUUACAGUUAAUGUUUCUAACUCCGUUGUUCAAGUCAGUCGUGUAGGAUGAUCGUCCGUGCGAGAGUUGCCCUGAAGAGGACUGGUGACUAAUGUUUCGACAACCUGAGCGGAGGUCCUCAUCAGCCUGUUGAUGACUUCUCAAACGUUUUUCAUAACGUGGGAAUCAGCCCAUUUCAGGCAAAACUCGCACACACAUGGUCGCACUGCGUCUGUAAGAUAGAACAGGAGUUGGAAAAAUAUUUAUAUUUUAAAAUCUUUUUGUGCCGUUUACUUACUGUUUUCUGAGUUACACCAAGUAAUAGCUAGCCAAUUAGCGAAGCGCACGUUUCAGAAUUCUCGAAUAAGACGUCAUGGACCAAUCAAAAUUUACGUGUAAACUUGGCAGCUUGUGCUUAGCGCGGGAAGAUGAUAGGAAACCAAUCAACGAUCGAGUUUCUUUUUCCAUCCAAUCGAGGAGCAAACAACAGCGUGCUUUUUCUGAUUGGUUAUGUCAGUGUCACCUUGUCGACAAAAUAUUUCGUUUUGUUUUUAUCUGUUUUUUGUUUGUUAUCCUCUUUCUCGAAUCGCGAAAUUUAAACCAGUAGAGUGUGGAAUAUUGGACAGUCUUUGAAUGAAACUAUGCAAAAAGGGAAGUUGUUCAUGGGAUUUCUUAAAAUUGACUGUUGGCGAAAGACCUCGUUUUGUACUUGUGGAUGUUCUUGAACCUAGGGUGAACAUCGGGAAAUAACGCGAUAUUUUGGUGUGAUUUUCAGCAUAAAUGAGUUUAGUAAUAACGAAACACUUCUUUGUUAAUUUAUAAUGGUGGUCAAGAUUUUAUGUCUCCGUAAAUUUGAAGUAUUAUAGCUAAAAAAGGGGAAUUUUUUUAUAUAUAAGGCAAGUCAUCAUCUUUUAUACACUAUGGUCACUAACUGUAAAGUAAUUAGAGUUGUGAUCGAUUGAGAACUCGAUCGCAAGAGCAAUUUUCAAACGAGUGUCGCAUGUUUUCCUAAAUAUUUACGUUCUUCCUUCACCUCGCUCAGUGACUGGCCUAGAAAAUAUUCCCAACACCUUGGCAACCAAUCAAACAAUGCAGAAUUAAAAUCGUUCGUAUUUUGGUCGCUCACGUUUUCCUGCGCUUAAUUCUAUUCGCGUGUAUUUUGACGCGAAGCUCUGUUUGAUUGGCUGCUUUGAUUACUUACGUCACUCAAUCGAAAGGUGCUACGAUAGAUAUUUUUAAAAGUAGGCAUUCUUUAACCCUUUAACUCUCAUGAGUGACCAAGACAGAAUUUCUCCUAACCAUAUCAAUACAAUAUCAACCAAAUAAGUAAUGAGAAUAAAGAAAACUAUCAAUUAGGGUUACUUAGUUGAUCCAAUACUAAAUUCUCUGCCUAACAUCAUAAGAAUUGUAUGGUUGACAGUAAGGAGAAUUACAAAUUUGAUCUGGUAGUUAAAGGGUUAAGUAUUCUAU